CACUCUCAAGACGGAGGAGUAUGCGAAGCAGACGUCUUUAACAAGAGGCGUAGCUUUACGGCUCGCUCAGUGUGCUGUUGUCGGCGUAGAAAUUUCCGCUUCCUGCUUCGAUAAACAUUUCAGAUCUCAGACGAAGUUGAAAAACAGCUAGUUUUGGAUUUUUUAUAAGAGCGCGCGUUCACGGUACGGUGUCAGUAAUUGCACGGUCCGUCUAGGUAGGAACGAAAUCUGCCAGCCAGCUAGUUUGUCUCUGCAAGGGUUGGAUUAACAAACACUUAGCUAGCUCUUCAGCUAGCAAGGGAGCUGCACAAAAGCUAUUUUUCAUGAUAGCUGCCUAUAUCUGUAAGCAGCGCCACAAGCUAUCCGAUAAGUAAGGAGAGAAGUAACUAAAUUAUCGGCUACUGUUUUAAACCCGGUAUCUACCUCCAGUAUGUCGGAGCGAGGAGGGCUCCCGCGGACUGGAGGCGCUCCAUCUCCGCACAUGCAGCCCUCCAAACCGGUGGCGAUCACGUCGAAUCGCCCGGUACAGAUGAACCUGUUUGCUACGUGGGAAGUAGACCGCUCCUCGCCAAGCUGUGUGCCCAGGCUCUUUAAUCUGACUCUGAAGAAGCUGAUAAUGUUGAAGGAGUUGGACAGAGACCUGACAUCAGUGGUGAUUGCUGUGAAGCUCCAGGGUUCCAAGCGAAUCCUGCGCUCCAAUGAGAUCUUGCUCUCCUCAGCUGGACUGACGGAGACAGACCUCCAGCUCACCUUCUCCCUGCAGUACCCUCACUUCCUGAAGAGAGAUGCCAACAGGCUUCAGAUUAUGCUCCAGCGCAGGAAGAGGUACAAGAACCGCACCAUCCUGGGCUACAAGACCUUGGCCCUGGGCCUGAUAAAUAUGGCGGAGGUGAUGCAGCAUCCCAGCGAGGGGGCCCAGGUGCUGGGGCUCCACAGCCAGGUGAAGGACGCCUCUGUCCCGGUGGCCGAGGUCCGCGUGUACUCCCUGUCCAGCCAGCCCAUCGACCACGAGGGACCCAAGGCCAAGAUGUCCGAUCGCUCUCCGGACAUUGAUAACUACUCUGAAGAGGAGGAGGAGAGUUACUCUUCGGAGCAAGAGGGCAGCGAUGACCCCGCCCACAGCCAGUACCUGUUUGAUGAAGAUGAUGAAGUGAGGAAGAAGAAACCGCGACGCAAACUGCCCUCAAACGCAGCCAACACCCGAGUGAACCAACCCAACAUCAAGCAGAAAUUUGUGGCUUUGCUGAAGAGGUUCAAGGUUUCUGAUGAGGUGGGUUUCGGCCUGGAGCACGUGUCACGGGAGCAGAUCCAGGAAGUGGAGGAGGACCUGGACGACCUGUACGACAGCCUGGAGCUCUACAACCCCAGCGACAGCGGCCCAGAGAUGGACGAGACGGACAGCAUCCUCAGCACCCCCAAACCCACACUCAGGCCUUUCUUUGAGGGCAUGUCCCAGUCCAGCUCCCAGACUGAGUUCGGAAGCCUGAACAGCAAAGGCAGCCGAGACCCUUUCAGCCCUCAGGGGGAGCAGCCUCCCUCAGAAAGAAUGAAGCACUCUCGCAGUCGCAACCUGGACGACGCACUGUCUGAGACUGAUACACUGGAUGAGCAGGAUGUUUUGGGGGAGGCGGGACCCUGCGUCACUGUGUCUGUCCCAGAGAAACUCCGCACCCCCCUCAAGGCAGAGAGCCAGAGCCUGUCCUCCCCCAGGAUGGACGGGGGCCAGACCGCGCGGCAGAAGCGCAACGCGCCGCUGAAGGAGCGGCAGUUAUCCAAGCCGCUGAGCGAGAGGGCCAACAGCUCCGACGGCGAGAGGUCCCCCGAGCUCGGCCACUCCACUUCGGUCCUGCGGAAGGCCGUGUACGACCAGCUGAACCAGGUCCUCCUGGCCGACUCCGCCCUCCCCGAGUGCCUCAUCCUGGUCAACGGCACGGACUGGCAGGGCCAGUACGUGACGGAGCUGCUGCAGGCCCAGAAGCAGCCGGUCGUGUGCACCUGCUCGGGGGCGGAGAUCCAGACCGUGCUCUCCGCAAUCCUCACCCGCAUACAGAAGUUUUGUAACUGCAACUCGUCCAUGCCCAGGCCGGUGAAAGUAGCAGCGGUGGGGGGGCAGAGCUACCUGGGGGCCAUUCUGCAGUUCUUUGUCACCCAGCUGGCGAACAAGACGUCCGAUUGGCUCGGUCACAUGAGGUUCCUGGUGGUGCCUUUGGGUUCACACCUGGUCGCCAAGCACCUGGGCACUCUGGACAACCGCUACAGUGCGGCCUUCCUGGACAGCUCCUGGAGGGACCUUUUCAGCCGGACAGAACCCCCCCAGACAGACGUCCUGGAUGUGGCGGGCCGGAUCUCUCAGUACAUCAGCGGGGCCACCAUCACCCACCAGGUGCCCAUCGCUGAGGCCAUGCUGACCUGCAAGCACCGCACGCAUGAUGAAGACUCCUACCAGAAGUUCAUUCCUUUUGUUGGGAUGGUGAAGGUGGGAUUUAUCGAACCCGGGCCUUCGUCUGCAGGUGGGGACCAGGAAGAGGGCGCGGCCGUCAACUUGGCCGUCCCCUCCACAUCCCCGCCCACUCACGGAUCUCCAUUGGGGCUUGUGAAAGAAGUGGCCACCCCGCCUUCCUCGCCCUCCAUGAGCUCCGUAUUGGCUGGACAGGGGAGUCCCAGUAUGUCCCAGGGGGUGGACGCUAUCGGGCUGCAGGUGGACUACUGGCUGGCCUCGCUGGCGGACAAGAAGCGGGAGGGCGAACGCCGUGACACCGGCUGCAAGAACACGCUGAAGAGCGCCUUCCGAUCGCUGCAGGUCACUCGGCUGCCAGGAGGGGGCGCCAGCGACCUGCAGACGCAGGUCAACACGAUGGCCAUGACCGUGGUCACGAAGGAGAAGAACAAGAAGGCUGGCAGAAGCAUGCUGGAGGUGGCCAGUCUACUAGAGAUUCUACCAGAAAAGUCGCUCUUGCACAUGCCCACCAUAUUCCUGGGGAAGAAGCCGAAGGAGAAGGACGUGGAUUCCAAGAGCCAGGUCAUCGAGGGAAUCAGCAGACUCAUCUGCUCCGCGAAACAGCAACAGACCAUCCUGAAGGUUUCCAUAGAUGGCGUGGACUGGAACGAUGUCAAAUUUUUCCAGCUGGCUGCCCAGUGGCCAACGCACGUCAAGUACUUCCCAGUGGGACUGUUUGGCUACAGUAAACCACCCUCCUAGGACCCGCCCCCGCAGGCUUCACCUCUGCCCACCCAUUGCACACAGCCCUUGUCUAUCAGAGCUCUGUGGUAUCCCUGCUAACCAAUCAGAACAGAACUGACCAAGGGAGGCAGGCCUCUCAUACAUGUUUUUUUUAUUUUUUUUUUUGUUUCUUUCAUUGACUUUUAUUCAUUUUUAUGCUUGUUUGGCAGUUUUAUUUGUAUGCUUGUGACCCAGCGUGCGUGUGUGUGCAAGUGUGGAUGGGAUUUACAGCACAAAAUAAGUAAAGUGAUGCCGUUCACUGGCUUAAACAGCAGAGGACACGCAUUUGGAUUUGAGUUCAUCUUUAAUUUCUUAUUGUUUGAUUACCGUCAUCUAUCACAGCGCUGUGAACUAAUGUCCAUUUGCUCUGCAAGAAUCGCUUAAUCCCGGAUGAGAAAGAAGACCAAAAAUGUAAUCGUUCAAGAGAAUAAUUUUGAUCAAAGGUUUUAUUAAAGUCAUUUUUAAAUGCAAGCGAUCAACGCCUCAUGGAGGAGGGCAGGAAAGGAUUGAAAUCUAUAAAAAUGAGGUGGGGUCAGUUGCAUAGUUUCCCUCUUGAAUAUCUGGUACAGCUAAAGGAAUAUAGGCUAUGACUGAUAACAUUUCUUUCACUUGUGAUCUCAGUGUUAGGAGGUUCUGUGUGGUUACUUAAUUCCUUGCUCUCUGAGGCCGACUCGGCCUUGAUUGAAUAUCUUGUAUACAUUGAUACACGUGUAUGCAAUAACAGCAUAUUUGGAAACGUCACCGUAGGACUUUGAGGAAGUUAUAUUUCAGCCCCUAUUGUUGUAUGUAGAUUCAAGCAAAAACAGCACUGGGACUCCAGUUUCAGCGUAAUGGCCAUUUGCUAGUGGGGAGAAAUCCGAGUUGCUGCUUUUUUUGUUUUGGUUUUUUUGGAGGUUCAGUUCUAGUGUCCAACUUCUUUGUUGGAGAUCUUUCAUUGUGUCUAUUGCAAAGAAAGUAUUCUGUGUGUGUGUGUGUGUGUGUGUGUGCGCGCGCGCGCACGCGUGCGUGUGCAUGUUGGGGAUGAGGAGGGAACAAACGGGUGUGCUGGGUCAAGAUAGGCCACGGGUGCAUUUUGGGGCAGUACGUUCUUAUCCAUUGUUUCUUCUAUGCACUCAGCUAUGCCUCAGAGGUCAGUGUUUCUUCCAAAGCACAAAGUUGCCCGCCACCUUCAGUGCAGUAGGUGACGGACAGCAGGCUCUCAGACGAUGUGUAACGUUUUGUUCAGUGUGUCCCGUCAGCUUCACAAUGACCGUUUUGUUACCGGCGACUGAUGUUUUAAUGUUCUGUCUUGUUGGUGCUGGAGCACAGCAAAAAAUGUAUCUAUGUCCGGUGUAUAUGUGUAACAUUCGUACCACAUGACACGACUCACCAGUGAAGCGUACGUGUUGAUUUUGCAGUUGACAUCACCAAACGUGAAUUUGGAAAAUCUGUUGUGGGUGAAGUUGUCUAUUACAUGCUGUUGUAUGAUGGAAUAGCUAGAUCUGUGGGGUUAGGCUUUUUCACUUGGCCAUAUCAAACCUAGAAUCUUAUCAGAAGGGGGGGGGUGUUUAAAAAAACAAAACCUGUUUUAGUAUGUAACAUUACAGACCAUGGUCAGGAGGGCAAAUUCACCUGUGCAGUUUCACUAGCACCCAUGUUAUCAGGAUUUGAGGUGUUCUCUGUGCCUGCUAUUAGUCCAGUGGGUUACAUGAGUACCAGGGGAUCUGUCUGUAAUGCUUGGCAUGUGGGUGUCCAUCCACAGGUCAAAAUUACUAUUGUCAGUGUUCUGACAGCAUAAAGUAUUACAAUAAUAAACAGGUUAAGGUUUUUUUUUUUCUUCUUUUUUUCCUUUUUUUUAAGGCGGGGGUGGGGGGUUGGAUCUGAAUAGUCUAAAUUCCAGAACAGUAAGGCCGUCUUCAGUGGAAAGAUUAUACCACUUAUACCUUCAUUUGAAAUUCUUUUGCACUCAACAUUCAUUGAGUUCUGGGUGCUGUGAUCUGUUUAACCUUGGAGCCUAUUUACAAAAAAGUACAAAAAAUACUGUAUUUCACAGUGGCUGAUGGCACAAGUAAGGCCAUGAGUAACCAGUUGCCAUUUUGGAAAGGGUGAGUUCACAAAUUAGACCAAACUUUCAGUCAGGUGAUUCUGUUAUACAAAGACCCACAAUUCCAGAAUUUCUUCCAUUAAUAUCACGCUGUACAGGUCAAGGAUGCAUGAUGUUUGGCCCCCUGUCCUAAACCCAAAAUGGUUGAAUAACAUGGCAGUGAAAUCGUUAUGUUUGGCUCAGCGAACUUUGGUCCUUUGUGCAACACACAAAGGACUGAAUGGCAACAGAAUAAAAGAUUAAUUCAAAUAUGACUACGAGAUGCUUUGAUCAUAACAAUAGCGAAGUGCGUUUUUUUUUUGUGGGUUCUGUGAAGCUGGCAUUUACAAUUGGUGAGGUGGUGGAAGAUUCAGCCCUGGACAGGGAUUUAAUCUAACCUAAGUCCCUCUUCUGUUAGCUAUGGUAAUAACUAAUUUGCUUUAUUUGAAAGUGUUGAUUGACUCUACCCAUGCCCUUGAGUCGCCCUUUUGCGGAAAAAACAAAUUGCUCUGGUUGGUUUCAUCUUAGCACUUUUUUUUUGUUGCCUUGCUUACAUGGCCAUGGGAGAGGCUGAGAAGCACUGCUUGAUUGUUAGAUGCCACAGAUUGCAACAGCGACAAGUGCUGGGAAAUAGCUUGAAGUUUUCAGUAUUUUUGGUGGUGAGAAAAGGGUCAAAGGCUUUUCUUUUCUUCCGAGUUGUCAAUGUAAAAAGCCGAUUUACUCUCUCUCUCUCCCUCUUUAUGAAAUACUUUCAGCCACUUCAUACCCACGUUUGCCCUUUUCUUUUUUCCUACCCAUAUCUUCUUUUAAAGAACAGCAUAAAUCUUUCUGUGGCAAACCUAGAGGUAGCCAGCGGACGGGAAUAUUGUUGAGUCAUUCACCCCUCACCUUGGAAUUUGGAGAAUGGCAAUUGCAACUGUAUGACUACUCUUGUCGCCUCUGCUGUGCGCUGUGCUUUUGUGGAUCUUCUGUUACAGUUGAUUAGAGUAGGGACAGAAUGUCUAGGUUGGGUUCCACAUGUCUUGGAAAAUUAUCUUUGCUUUCUGGCGGCACUGUCUUCAGUCCCGCCCCCCGCCCUCCCCUCCCCUUUCUGGCAGUUUACUUUAUGCCAAUAUACUUUAUAUCAUAAUCACAAAUUUUUUUUAAAAAUGUGCUUUCAGAAAAGUAUGUUGGUGUAAAUCCGGAUAAGAAAAAAAAAACAUCUUCAAUAUUUGCUAAAGAUCAAAGCUUGUGGAUGUGAAACAGAUAUUUUUUUGCACAUGCAGUCUUUCCUCUGCUUUUGUUGUCUUCAACCAGUAGACCAUUUGCCUAUAACGAUAAUGCUUGUACAUAUGAAACAAGUGCUUGUAAUAUAAGUUUAGAAAUAUUCUUGUGUUUAUUUUUCAUUUAUUUGUUUUGUCAUGUUGCUUUUUCAUAAUUUAAGAAAGUUGUUAAUCACAGCUAUUUGUGGAAAUGUUACUCAUUGUCUUUUUUAAAAAUAAAAAGCCCUGAUUUUUA